UCGAAAAUCAUCGAAUGGUAAAAAACGUUUGAAUGAUAGUAGUAAUAAUGAUUGUGGUAGUGGUGGCAAAAAAAUGACCAUCAACCACAACAACAACAACAACAACAAUCAUAAAAGAGUAAAAACAUUGAGAAAAUUUAAAUUUGAUGAACACAAAUCUUCACCAGUUUCUGGUACAUUCAUAUUGGAUUCAGAUAAUGAAGAAGAAUUCACUGCAUUAAUGCGCCAAGAUUGUGCCGUAAAACGUUCAGGUGAUAUUGAUCCAAGUCUAAAUAUUGUCAUCAUAACACCAGAAGCAAGAGCUGAGAUUGCAAAAAUUGAUAAUAAAAUCGGUGAUUAUGUAUGCGCUUUAUGUAAAGAAUAUUAUGUUGAUGCAUUUGCAUUAGCACAACAUCGUUGUUCACGUAUUGUCCAUAUUGAAUAUCGUUGUCCAGAAUGUGAUAAAGUAUUCAAUUGUCCAGCAAAUCUAGCAUCACAUAGACGAUGGCAUAAACCAAAAUCAUUAUCAUCAUUAUCAUCAACGACAAUAAUGCCCAAGGAAUCAAUUUGAUCAUUGUAAAUCUAAUAACGACAAUGGAAUGAGCGAAAAAAAAUCGAAAAAAAUCAUGGUAAAAGCAACGACAAUUUUGGAUA